GAGUGGAAUGCAGGAUGCUAGUGGUUGGUUUAGAUACACCAUAAUCCUGGGACAUAACACACGAUCCUCUCGGUUUAUUGUUUGUGACCAUGAACCUCAGCCGUCAAGAAAUUGACCUUUACCUUCGUCAACAAGACAACCAGUAUGCAACUGAGGUUCUGCCUGUCAUCUUGUUCCUCGCCAUGCUGAUGAUUACUGGUGUUCUCGGCAAUUCACUCGUCUGUUAUGUAUAUCUCGUCAAGUUAAAACAAGGCACAACCCGAUAUUUCAUUUUAGCAUUAGCGGUAUACGAUCUUGUCAACUGUUGCGUCUGUAUUCCCGGUGAAAUAGCAGACAUGAGUCACAACUACACAUUUGGUGGUAAUGGUUUAUGCAAAAUUAUGCGUCUGCUCCUGUCAUUCACAUCCUACUCGUCAGUGACCGUACUUUUACUUGUGGCUUUUGACAGAUACAGGAAAAUAUGCCAACCAUUUCACAAACAGACUUCACCCAGAUUUGCCAGGAUCGCAAUUACUGUAUGUUCACUUUCUGCGUUCGUAGUGUCUUUGCCAAAUGUCGCUCUCUAUGGUUCAAGGACAAUAUCUACAAGUGACGGCCACGUCAACGGCUCCGACUGCACCACUGCCGACGAAUACAUCAGGACACCCUAUCCUCUCAUCUUUAAUGGAGUUGAGUUCAUCGUCUUCAUCAUCUCAACCAUCAGCCUUACUGUCCUCUACUUCCUUAUAUGGAAACGUAUUGCCAGGCAACAUGAAUUCAGAAGAAGCGCUGGGUCAAGACAAAUAAACGAUGUCAUACAUUUAAGCAUGAGAGAUCCAAAUAAUUUUAACAUAUGCCCUUCACAUGCAAUGUCCGUACUGGAAAAGGGAGCGAAAAAGACGAUAUCAAUGUUGCUUCUAAUUACCCUGGUGUUUGUGCUGAGCUUUCUCCCCCACCUCUGUGUUAUGGUCGCCAGAGCAGUCAACAGCAAUUUGUAUGAUGGCAUUCAUGGAGCUGGAUUGAUCGCCUAUAAUUUGUUCGUUAGAUCGUAUUUCUUCAACAGUGCCUGCAAUCCAAUCAUAUACGGCUUCUGCAAUGGGCAAUUCCGUCUCGAACUUAGGCAAAUAUGGCGGAAAUUGAUGUGUCGAGCGUAAAUGUGAGUUGGAUUGAACACCGCUUUGAAAAGUACUGAAAAAAAACAAUCAACUAUGUUUUUUUGCUUGCUUGUUGUUAACGCCGCACUCAGCAAUAUUCCAGCUAU